UUUAUGGAGAAAUCCAAGUCUCAUUUUCAGCACAGUGAAAGGAAGUGAUGAUUAACUGAACCUACAAAGUCAUCUAUUUAGCUUUAAAGAAACCUGAAAUCAGGGUGUGAUUACUUUUCACAGAAGUGAAAGUGAAACUCUGAGCAUUUGGACGAGAGAGAACAACAACAGCAGCAAAUAAAAUGGCUUCUAAGUUUUCAGAGGAGGAUUUCUCCUGUCCUGUGUGCUGUGAAAUCUUCAAGGAUCCUGUUGUUCUGCACUGCACUCACAGUGUGUGUAAAGUGUGUUUGCAGCAGUUCUGGGAGACCAAAGGAUCCAGAGAAUGUCCUGUUUGUAGGAGGAAGUCAUCUAUGGAUGAUCCUCCCAUAAACCUGGCCUUAAAGAACCUGUGUGAGACUUUCUUACAGGAGAGAAGUCAGAGAUCUUCAUCAGGGUCUGAAACAGUCUGCAGUCUGCACAGUGAGAAACUCAAACUCUUCUGUCUGGAUCAUCAACAGCCGGUGUGUGUGGUGUGUCAGACUUCAAGAAAACACAACAACCACAAAUUCUGCCCCAUUGAUGAGGCAGUAACAGACUGUAAGGAGGAGCUCAAAACUGCAUUGAAGCCCCUACAGGAGAAACUGAAGAUACUUAAAGACUGUAAACUGAACUGGAGUCAGACUGCAGAACAUAUAAAGAUUCAGGCCCAACACACAGAGCGUCAGAUUAAGGAGGAGUUUGAGAAGCUUCACCAGUUUCUACGAGAUGAAGAGGCAGUCAGGAUCACUGCACUGAGAGAGGAAGAGGAGCAGAAGAGUCAGAUGAUGAAGGAGAAGAUUGAGAAGCUGAGCAAAGACAUAUCAUCUCUUUCAGACACAAUCGGAGCCGUAGAAGAGGAGAUGAGAGCUGAAGACAUUUCAUUCUUAGAAAACUACAAGGCCACAGUGAAAAGAGCCCAGAGCACACUGCAGCAUCCAGAGGAGCUUUCAGGAGCACUGAUCCAUGUGGCAAAACAUCUGGCCAACCUGCAGUUCAGAGUCUGGGAGAAGAUGCAGUACACCGUCCAAUACACACCUGUAACUCUGGACCCCAACACUGCUCAUCCUGGACUCAUUGUAUCUGAUGAUCUGAAAAGUGUGAGACGCAGCAAUGAGGAACAGAAACUUCCUGAUAAUCCAGAGAGAUUUGAUGAUAAAUGUUGGUGUAUCCUGGGAUCUGAGGGCUUUAACUCAGGGACACACUGCUGGGAUGUGGAAGUUGGAGACGGUACAGGGUGGUUUGUGGGUGUGAUGACAGAAUCUGCUCAGAGGAAGGGGGGGAUAUUCUUCAGAAGUGGAAUCUGGUGUGUGGGGUAUGAUGGUGAUGAAUAUUUCGCAGUUUCUACACCACAUCCAGGCACUCAGCUCUCAGUCGUACAGAAACUCCAGAGGAUCAGAGUGAAGCUGGACUGGGUCAAAGGAAAACUGUCAUUCUCCGACCCUCUCGCUAACACACACUUACACACUUUCACACACACAUUUACUGAUAAAUUACUGCCAAUCCUAGGUGUUUAUGGUUCCAUAAAGAUCCUCCCACUUGAGUGCUCUGUAAGAGUGAAUCAGAUCAGUUAGCAUUGAUGUUAUUUUAUUCCAGUUUAUUAAUAAAAUACUGCAGAUUCAAUGAUUAGUGUUCUUUGUGUAAGUCUUUUUUUCCCUUUUGGAAACCCUGAAGUACACACUGAUUUUUUUUUUCAAGUGAAUCAACUCAAAAUCUCAUCUCAUCUCAUUAUCUCUAGCCGCUUUAUCCUUCUACAGGGUCGCAGGCAAGCUGGAGCCUAUCCCAGCUGACUAUGGGCGAAAGGCGGGGUACACCCUGGACAAGUCGCCAGGUCAUCACAGGGCUGACACAUAGACACAGACAACCAUUCACACUCACAUUCACACCUACGGUCAAUUUAGAGUCUCAACUCAAAAUAUUGACAGAAUAUCUUGAAAUAAUGAAUUAACUCAAAUAAUAAGAUAUCUUAAAAUAUAUUAUUAUGAUAGCUUUUGAAAGUAUGAGGAAGUCAAAAUAAGUGAAUUAAUGAUAUACUGUCUUGAAAUGACAAGGUAUUAACUCAAACUUAUGACAUAGCAUUUAAUUAAAAUAACAAAAGUGUGUUUAAAUGCAGAAUGAGCUGAAAAGAUUAUUUAAUUUUAUUGAUUUAUUUUAAAUAGUUUUAAAUAAAUUGAGAAUUUGAAAGCUCAUGUCUCUUCUGUAUUUGUACUUGUUAGCGUUUGCUGUUAUUCUUGGAUGAAAUGUUUAUCUGUGUGUGUGUGUGUGUGUGUGUGUGUGUGUGUGUGUGUGUGUGUGUGUGUGUGUGUGUGUGUGUGUGUGAAACUGUGCAGUGGAGGAGAAUUCCAGCUCUCAGUUUCCCUCCACCAGCAGUUUGUGGUUUUGUAAAGAUCAGAUGGAUUUGUAUGUUA